GUAAGAACUAGAACGGUUGCUGAAUGUGUGGCUUUCUAUUACAUGUGGAAAAAGUCAGAACGUUAUGAUUACUUUGCUCAGCAAACAAGAUUUGGAAAGAAGAGAUAUAACCAUCAUCCAGGAGUUACGGACUACAUGGAUCGUUUGGUAGAUGAAGCAGAAGCCCUUGGUGGAGCAGUAUAUUCUUCAGCCUUAACAUCUAAUACUCGAACAGAAACCAGUCCUGAUCAACAGCUAAGCAUUCUGAACUCUAUUACUGCAAAUGAGUUGACAGUGUUGUCAAACAGUGUAGCUACCGUCUGCCACACUUCGCAUGUGAACUGCCUGGAUGACGCCUUUCCUCCUAUGGACAGCUUACCCCGAGCACCAGUUAAUCAUGUGCCUGUUGGAACAGAAGAAAUGCUUAACUUGCCUAGCAAUGGUGAAAGUGAUUGUUUUCAUUUAUUUGAGACUGGCUUUUAUCAUUCAGAGCUAAACCAAAUGAACAUGUGCAGUGAGGAGACAGAAAGACCUGCAAAGAGAUUGAAAAUGGGAAUUGUUGUCCCAGAACCUUUCAUGAAUGAUGUCUCUGUAAAUAACCUUGGUGCGGACUUCGAGAAUCACACACACCAUAUUACCAGUGCCAAAAUGGCUGUUUCAGUGGCCGACUUCAGCAGUCUAUCUGCAAAUGAGACAAAUGGUUUUAUGAACACCCAUGCUCUUCACCAACAUACUGCCCUUCACUCAGAAUGACUGGAAAACUAAACAAACAGUGGGUACUUUUAUGCAGUAGUAGUAGUAAACUUGAUGGGAGUUAUCGGGUUUGCUUAGUCUUUCACUGGAAGUUUGAACUUUGACAUCAGUGAUGUCUUUUUAUGUAUAGAACUAUAUCUUGAUUUAUCAAGAGUAAUUUCUUUUUUUCAGUCCAUAAAUGUGGAAAUGUUUGGCAGAGUGGUGAGUUCUCUCACCACUGAGAGAACUCUGUGGUGCA